GGGUGGCGAGGCAGCCUGGACCGGGGAUGCUGUGCGCGGCCGCACACUCUCGCUGGAGCCGCCGCCGCGCAGCCACGCAGCGCCGCCGCCGAGCACGAGCACGCCGAGCACGAGCACGCUGGAGGGACAGAUACACGCCGCCCCGGAUAUGGCGGGCCCCUUCCUCUCGCCGCUGCCGCAGGACCUGCUCUCGGAGUACAUGUUCGGCCGCAGGAGACAGCGCCGCAACCGGACCACGUUCUCGCCCCAGCAGCUCAAGGAGCUCGAGUCGCUGUUCCUCAAGACGCACUACCCGGACGUGUUCCUGCGGGAGCAGGCCGCGGUGCGCAUCGGCCUGAGCGAGGCGCGCGUCCAGGUGUGGUUCCAGAACCGGCGCGCCAAGUGGCGCAAACAGGCGCGGCUGCAGCUGGUGCAGGACGCCUGGAGGAUGCGCUGCCUGGCACUGGGCGGCCCGUCGCCCCUCGGCCUGCAGAUGCACGGUGCCGGAGGCGAGCAGACGGCGCCGCUGGGGCUCAAGGCGCUUGAUGUGUCAGAGGUCGGCACGGCGGCGGGGCCCGGCAGCCGCAGCCCCGCUAGCAGCACGGCCAGCGACCCGGCCAGCCCGACCAGCCCCGCGCCCGCCAGCCCUCCGGCCAGCCCCCACCGGCCGCAGCCCCCGCAGCCAUCCCCGCAGCAACAGCAGCAACAGCAGCAACAGCAGCAACAGCAGCAGCCACUCCCUCAGCAUCAGUCGCCACUGCCGUUCCGAGGGCCGUACAGCGCCCUCGCGUUGUGCGGCAAGAACAACAACAAUAACAACAACAACAACGAGAAUCACUCGAGUAAGAACGCAACCGAGGCUCCGCAGACUCCGCAGGCUCAGCAGCGGGAGGAGCAGGGACCACCCUGCGCGCCGGCGGGGCCCCCCGCGCCGCUGCCGCCCCCCGCGCACCUGCUGCAGGCCGUGCAGGCGCACGGACACGCGCACGCCCUGGGCCUCAGCCUGGCGCACCCCCACGCGCCCUGGCCCCUCCCGGACGAUUGCGUGCUCAACCUCCAGGUGCGGAGGAAGGAGAUGUAGGCUCUCGUCGACGGCCCAGUAGCGAGUAGGCUGGGGUCGUGUCCGGCGUUGACGGGGCGGCAUAGUAGAUAAUGUUGUUAUAGCACCACUCAUGUGAUUAGUAUGAAUAUGAAUAGAGGCGACAUAAUGUUAUUUUAAUUUUGCACGGGAAUGUGCGCAUCAAGAUUUUCUGUACCUUUAGGAGUAAUACUAAAGUAUCUUUCCGCGCAACAACGAGUUAGUCUAUUUUAAUUUAAAAUAAGGAAGAAUGUCAUGAGUGACAUCUAGCUUAUUCUGUGAUCCAUUGCACUUAUCCUCAACCAUGUGCCUAUAAAUGAUGUCUUACCAGGUCAUUUUCUUGAGCAACUUUGCUAUGAAAUAUGACUACUGUAUAAUAAAUAAUAAUGUACAGUUUUAGUAAAAGGUUUACCUAUGUCAUAAAAUAAAACUCAUCUCU